CUCAAAGGGUUUGCUUUCGCCAUGGCAAACCAGCUCAGGAGCAGGUCUUUGAGAUGCUCUCGUUUGCUGCGAACCUUGUUGGUUGGCGCCGUUGUGCCAUACGCUUUUAAUGCCGUCCUUUUCACAGGUGGUUGCGCGCCGCACACUGUGCACAGAAGGACAAGGACUGUGGCACGAAAUGCUGAUCCUCCACAGGCACAGCCCGAGCUGCCACCAUUCCAGCGUUUUCCGGAUGACUACAACCCGGACAACUCGGACCCCUUGGAUCGUGCCAUUGAGUGGUUCAUGACACUCGACCCAGAGACGAAUUCACGUUUGGAGACGGUCUUCACUCUAAUCGUCCUGGCCAUCACGGUCAUCAGCGCCAAGGAGACCUACGAAAAGUGGCUCAGAGAGAAGACAGAGGAAGACAACUUGAGGAAACAAAAAAUCAGAAGAGCUUUGAAUCCGGAUGGAUGGAGGGAGGAGCUUUUCAAAGAGGAGCAGGCAGAGAAGUUGAAGGAACAGCAGAAAGAGCAGAAGAGAGGUGUCAAGGAUGUCUUGGAGGAGAUCUAUGGUACAGAUGGGUUAGAAGAUCAGUUUGAUUCUCGCAUCAGACCAGGUACCAGACGGCCCCCGACGAAAUCUCCAUCUCCAGCAACUGCAGGACGCGCAAAAAGUCCCAAGAAAGGCUAGUCCAGAACGCUGAUCUUCAGGCUGAAAAGUCCAGCCUUUGCAUCCUGCGGAGCAAUGUUUCCUGAGACACUGACGCCGUCUGAGCGGAAAAUGGAAGGCAUGAGCAGCUAUGGGCAGCUAUGAGCAGCUUUUUCCUUCGAGUUUUCCAAUGAACAAUGAAUCUGAUUUUGG